AUGUUGAAGUUGUGGCUCGGGCUCGCGCUAACGGCUGACUCAUCGGCUUUAUUCAGGGAUCGUAAUAGUUUUGGGAUGAAUCUAAAAAGACCAUCGGAGCUCUACAAACACCUAAGAGUUUCCAAGAGACAUAUCCUGGGAAAAUCCCAUGAUGACGUCGUUACAUCACUCCCAAAAGACAAUGAUGCCCCAGAGCUAGAGUCACGACUUCAAUUCCAUAAACAAUUUAUGAUCGGAGCGCAAAAUAACAGAGUAGGGUUAGGAUCAAGUAGGAAAGUCCAAGAUACGGAUAUAUUGAAGUCUUUUAUUCGGCAAGACGAGAACGAUAAAUACAAGAUCCAUGCAAUGAGUUUAGAAAUGCAGAACGAUUGGUUAGACAUGGGAGAUUUUUGCAUUCCACUAGCACUAAAAUGGCGCACCCUAAUUCAUGACUGGUCGCCAGCCUUGCUAAAAUUUUAUCUCAAUGCGUUCCAGAUGACUCUCCCAGAUCAGAGUAAUUUAGUAAGAUGGGGUAAAGGUACCGAAAAAACUUGCUAUAUCUGCGGAAAGGCAGUUGGAACUGCCAAGCAUUUGCUGGUGGGAUGUAGGGUUCUCCUGGACAGCGGUCAAUACUCGCGUCGUCACGAUAGGGUUUUAGAGAUCAUACGUGAAGCGGUUAGUCUUUCGGUAGCCAGAGCGCAAAGGGAAAUAACCACAAACGAGCGAUCAAUAGGUUUUGUGAGAGAGGGCACCAGGGCUAUAAAAUCAAACGUCAAGCCUUACUCUAUCCUUAAAGCGGCUUCGGAUUGGACUAUCAUGAUGGAUACGUAUGAGAAACAAUACAAAAUCCCCGAGGAUAUUUGUGCGUCGGCCUCCAGACCAGACAUAUUUCUAUAUUCGCGUAUUUUAAAGCGCGUUGUGAUGAUAGAGCUUACGGUGCCUUGGGAAACCAACAUCCCCAAAGACCAUGCCAUCAAGGUCAAUAAGUAUUACGAGCUCACUAACGAACUAACUCGAAAUAGGUUCGUCGUUGAUUUGUACGCGGUAGAGGUGGGAGCGAGAGGUAUAACAGCUAAAUCUCUCUAUAACCUACUAAAAGACUUGGGCCUGUCCAGAACUAACAUUAAUUCAUUCUUAGAACGUACGUCGAAGGCAGCCCUAGUAGGUUCUUUUCAAAUUUGGUUAGGUAGGGAGAGGAACUUGGACAGUGGAGGUGAGCGUAUAACGCGCGUUAAUGAUAAUAAUAAAUUAUAA